AUGAAUAGAUGCUCGGGUAGGUCCAGAAAAACUGAGCCCAACUCGAAUCAUGAUAGCUGGAGUUUUCUUGGCACAUUAUGGUAUCGUGCUCCUGAACUUUUAUUAAAUUGUUCUCGUUAUAAUCCAGCCAUAGACAUGUGGUCAUGUGGCUGUGUGUUUGGUGAAAUGAUCCAUGGGCAACCACUAUUUAGUGGUAAUGAUUUUUUCCAGGUAUUCAAAAAAAUAUUUUGUUUAGUUGGUUUACCAACAAAAGAACACAUGAAAUGGAUACCAAAAGAUCAGUAUCAAUGUAUAAGCGGGUUCUAUGAAACACCGCUAAUAAUGCGAACAUUCGAUACGUUAUUCGCGCCACAUUUUCCGAUUGAUCAAGAAGCAAUACAGUUAUUAAGCAAUUUAUUACAAGUUAAUCCUGUUGAACGUUACACAAUAGAACAAGCUAUAGGACAUUCAUAUUUUGAUAAUAUUUAUUUUAAUGAGAAUGAUGAUAAUGAAAAUGAAUCAGGCGAAAAGUUAGAUUUUAGCGAAUUUGAUAAACUGAAUGAUCUAGAUUAUAUAAAAAACAAAAUAUAUCAUGAAACAAAGCAUAUUAUCAAUAAAAGAACAUGA